AUGAAAUAUCCUCGCAAUGAGUAUGGGCCAUGGUCAUCUUCCGACAAUGACACUGACCUUCGCGACGGCAAAGAGAGACAACUCUGCCAAUCUAUCUUCAAUGUUGAGGGAAUCUUCGCCAACGGCUCCCCGCCAAUUCACUUCUUGCCUCUCUACUCCCCUUACCGGGAGUACUUUGCCAACGCAAGUCAGGAUCGAGCCAUCGAGCACGCCGCCUGUCACCACGAUCUUAAGUCUCGUGAUGAAGUUAGUGUCUAG